CAGUCAGUCUACAAAGCCUGGUUAUGCUCAGAAUACUUCAACGUCACCCAGAGCCAGUGUCACCACAGGAUUCCCUGCAAGCAAUAUUGUCUGGAGGUCCAGACCAUGUGCCCCUUCGUGUUACCAGACAAUGACGACUUGGUCUACGGAGGACAAUCCAGUUUCAUCUGUACAGGGCUACUAGAAAACCAUUUAACCAAUGCAGACCCGGAGUGUUGUGACAUCAGAUGGAGUGGCUGCGACCCCUCUGUUGGGGCGGCGUGCGCCCUGACCCAGCUUCCGGGGUCAUCAUCGUGGCAGCGGCGCAGCUCCCCGCCCGUGUCGGCUGCAUCGCGGCUGUGCAGCAGCAGACUCCGACUGUGUGUUCUGGUCCUCAUCCUGCUGCACACUGUCGUCUCCUUCUCCACCGUCCAGAGCAGUUGCGCUGUGGGCCUGGAGGCCAUGGUACCCCUGCCCCUGGAGGAGAGCUCUGCCCGAGAGGAGUGACUGAUGAUGAACAAGAGUUUCUACUGUUCCCCCCCCCCUGCUUCCAGUCUACAGAGGCUCCCUUCCUUCCCAGUACCUGAGGAGUGAGGCCUUUAUAACCCUCUUUCUCCACCCAGUCCCCUCCACAGGACAUCAGGAAUGAGGAUGUUAUACACCGCUCCAGGGCAGGCUACAGGUAGGUAUACCUCUUCGCCCUCCACCACACCGGAGGAGUGGCGAAGCACGGGCCCUCCCCUCCCGCAACACAGAGGGAUAUGGAGGUAGAUGAGGCUUCGGAACUGAGAGCCAGCCAUAUCUCACGUGUAAGGAGGACAUGAGAGGGCAUGGGGAAAGAGGCGGGUCUCCCAUCAUGCUGAAAGAGGUACUGUAUGCUGUUUCUAAGAAGGGUUUGGGUACAAAUGGCCUUUUUCACUUUUGAUCACCACUCUAUUUAAUAAGUUGAGUGAUGGUUUUGGGGAGUUACGUAAGAGGUGGAGUUUGUGAACUGCACAAUUGGAAAAAGCAUGAGUUGCAGGCUUGUAUGCUUCUUUUUUUUAUAUAUAAUUUUUUUGAAUCAGGUGUGUGUGUGUGUCUGUGUGUCUGU